GUCGUUGAAACAAAUGGGUAGAAAGAGAAUCCCAGAAGAAGGGGCUUGGCUUAUUUUUAGUUCAGAUCAGGUGAGUGAUCUGUCACUAAUUAGUACACUGAGAUGCACUGUGUUGUAGCAACUGAGGCUGAUGAUGAUGAUGACUGUGGUGCAGGGAGGUGAAUGGUAAGGCUUCUGGUGGGAAUUUGCUUCAGUCAGGCUUGUAACUGAUAGUCACACCACUUGAUUAAGCAAGUGAGUUCGUGUAAGGGCAUAGUGUGCUCGAUGGUCUAGCAAUGCGUUAUGUAUUUUCCUUGGAACACAGCCCCCUCAGUCAAACUUUGUUUCAUUUGGACCAUGCAUCCCUCCACUAAUGCACAAGCUGUCCAAACCCCCCAGGUAUUAGUAGGGCACAUAUUUCCAGGACUAGGUCUGACAUUCUCUACCCACUCCCUUUAUGUAAAUCUCUAUCUUAUCCUAAAGGAAUGUAAUUAGAUAGUUGUGCCACCCAUUCUCCUUUUCAGAAAAUGCAAAACCCCUGACACCUUGAUGUGCACAACUCCUUCAUGACACUUCAGCGUGCGUGCAGCGCCCCUAGCAGAAGUACAGGAGUUGUUCUUCUCGGGUCUGGUACUAGGCAACAAAUGAUGAAGCCACUGGGGCUGUGCCAGUUCAUACCAGCUGAGGAAGAGGUUCCCCUCUGACCCAUUUGUGUGAUGCUCUCCCCUUCACCCCUGAUGUGCACAGAGCACCAUUCUUUCCAGGCUGUGAGCAGAGGAGGGCUGCAGCUUAGAGCUUGUGCUGGUCCCUUUGGAGACAGGCUUGCUCACAGCUCCCCUGCGUGAGGACUUUCAGCGGUUUCAUUUUCUUUCAUCAAUACUUCAAGGCACAAAGGAGCUGGUAAAGGCAUUGCCAUGAAACCGAACUUGAAGCAAUGGAAACAACUCAUGCUCUUUGGUAUCUUUGCAUGGGGCCUGCUUUUCUUGGUGAUAUUCAUCUAUUUUACAGAUAGCAACACUGCUGAACCAGUUCCAAGUUCCUUUUCUUACAUUGAAACUAAGAGACUUCUGCCCCUUCAGGGCAAGCAGAGAGUCAUCAUGGGAGCCAUUCAUGACCCAUCAUUCUCUGAAACCAUUGAUGGGAAUGAGGUUCUUCUUAAUGAAGAUCUCCUAGGUACUUUUAAAUCAGGGACUGGAAAUUCUAAGAAAUGGACUGUAUUGGAAGAGGCCUUUAGAAAUGAAGAUGAGUUUUUUCCACCCCAGUUAGGAAGAAAAUCAAAAAGUGCUUUCUACCAAGUGAAUGAUGAUUAUUUAUUUGCUGCUGGUCAGCCAUCACACAACCACCUUCAAGAGAUAGAAAAAUUCAUUUCAGCUGACAGGAAUAAUCCAAAAGGAAAUAUUUUACAGAACAACUGGAGCCAUCAGAGAAGAAUGAGGAGAAGGAGCACAAAGCAUAGGAGAGGCCAGAUGCUUGAUGAAUCUGAUGACUGGGAUGGGCUGUAUUCCACAAUGUCGAAAUCCUUUCUUUACAAGCUUUGGAAAGGGGAUGUCUCUUCCAAGAUGCUAAACCCUCGACUGCAGAAGGCGAUGAAAGAUUAUUUGAGUACCAAUAAGCAUGGGGUGCGGUUCAAGGGGAAACGAAACUCCAAGUUGACAGGAGACCAACUAUUCUGUGAGCUAAAAGAAAGAGUGAAUGUGAAAACAAUAGAUGGCAAGGAAGCUCCCUUCUCCACUCUUGGAUGGGAAAAGCACGUUCCCCAAAUUCCACUUGGCAAAUUGUAUACACAUGGCUUUGGGAGCUGUGCAGUAGUUAUGUCUGCUGGUGCAAUACUGAACUCCUCUCUAGGAGAUGAAAUAGAUUCUCAUGAUGCCGUUUUAAGAUUUAAUUCUGCUCCAACGCGUGGCUAUGAAAAAGAUGUUGGAAAUAAAACAACCAUGCGGAUCAUUAAUUCUCAGAUUCUCACCAAUCCAAAUCAUCACUUUGUCGACAGCUCCUUGUAUAAAGAUGUUAUCUUAGUAGCCUGGGAUCCUGCUCCCUACUCUGCAAAUCUGAAUGUGUGGUAUAAGAAGCCAGACUACAAUCUGUUCACUCCCUAUGUACAGCAUCGCAGGAAGAAUCCAACCCAGCCAUUCUACAUCCUCCAUCCAAAGUUUAUAUGGCAGCUCUGGGACAUCAUUCAGGAGAACACUAAAGAGAAGAUACAGCCCAACCCUCCUUCUUCAGGGUUUAUUGGUAUCCUCAUCAUGAUGUCCAUGUGCAAUGAAGUGCACGUGUACGAGUACAUCCCGUCAGUGCGGCAGACAGACCUGUGUCACUACCAUGAACUCUACUACGACGCAGCUUGCACCUUGGGCGCCUACCACCCACUGCUCUACGAGAAGCUCCUGGUGCAGAGGAUGAACAAAGGUUUGCAGGAUGAUCUGUACCGCAAGGGGAAAGUCAUUUUGCCAGGGUUCAAAGCUGUCAAGUGCCCCAAACAAAAUAAUUUCUCACACUUGUAGAAAUAAGUCUUUCAGACACAAUGUGCAAUAAGGUACUACUGUCGUACUAUAAAAAAGGAGAGAAUACUUGAAAAAUAUAUCUUAGACCAAUCUAGUCUUGAGUCUAUAAAUUGUAAUUAAGUAGCAGGCAUGAGAAAUACUUCUUUUCUGAGCCUGAGUAUUUAUUACUGCUUUGCAAAUAGUUACAGAAAAAAAGCAAUGGCUUAGCUCAUGAAGGUGCAAAGGACAUAGUUAGGCAGAACUAUAAUGUAUUGUUGUUGGUGUGACUGUCAGAAUUUGUCGGUGGUCUCAUGCCAUGUAUGCUAGACUGUAAUUUUUUUUAAAAUGAAUUUAUUUAAUUGUCAAACCUGGCAUUGUGAAACAGCCUCUAUUGUUCAUGUAUGUACAGAGCGGCCAGUUGAACAAUGCAGCAUUUCCCGUGGCUCCAUGGGAUUUUCACACUCUCCCAGAAUGAAGUAAUUGCUGCUCCAAGCUGUGCAGUCCUUCACUAGAGCAGACUUUCAUGCCUGUUCCUAUGCAGGCUCAGUUCCAGCCCUUCAGCUGAGCAGGGGCUUAGGGUGGCCCUGAAGUGUGUGUAGCUAAACCAGUUAAACUACUCGAUGUAUUUCUGUCUCCCAUGCUCCCACUGACUGAAGAGGGAAGAAAGAAAUGUCUCAUUUCUUGAGAGAAAAAAGAACAUAUUUGUAACACUAGGAAGAAAACUCUCCCUGAAAGGACUAUCAGGAAGGUGAGAGAUGGAAAUGCUGCCUUCCCCCAUUCUGCACAGAUACAAAAGAUCCAGAGAAAGUCAAGGGAGCUGUGCAGCAUUCACCCAUCGCACAGAAAGCAAGCAGAGAGGGAACUCACCUCUUGUCAACAAAGAUAGCAUUUAGGAAUACAGACAUUAUUUUUUAGGUAUUUCAUUGGUAUCUGAAUCAAAGUCACUUGGUCACAAUUUCUUGCUGUUCAGAAAGGAGAAGUUUUCUGACAAAAGAUUAUGUUAUCAGUAUUUUUUACUUCAUGCUUAAAAGGCUAUAACCCAGAAAAGCCGUAAUGCCUGCAAAAAAACCUGACUACGGAUUGCAUACGGAGGUUGUUUGAUAUUUUCAUUCAUAACACAUAAGGACAAUAUUCUUUGAGGCAGUUCUAAAAGUUAAUGGUCUGGAGUGGUUUUCUUGGUUUUUUUGUUUUAGUUUGAUUUUUUCCCACCUGACUGUACAUUUUCCUUUAGAGUAAGUUCAGCAGGAAUAUAUGUACACAAAAGCACAGCUAUAUCCUGCUCAUGUCCAUCCAGUAAAAAAGCAGACAGCUCUAAGGGGCAUUGAAAAAAGCAGCUGACUGGUUGUGGUGGAAAGUAUUUUUUGUGCUUUGACUUAAGCAAAAAGCCUUUUGCCAGAAAGUUAAAAAAAAAAAGCAAACAGCAUUAAUUACUAUUUCACCUUCAGUUGUAAUGUAACUAUAAUUACAAAAUCCUUUUUCUCUCACUCAGCUCUUUGGGAAGCAGUUGAAAGGAUCUUUUGGAAGGACUAUUUUCCUUCCUCAAAAUGAAGAAUAUAUGUCCUUCAUAGGAUUUAGCCUUCUUUUUGGGCUUUAUGAUGAUCUUAAAUUUCUUCUUGUUGGCAGAAAUUACAUGUAGAUUAUCAUAUACUGUACUUCUCUGUUGUAUGGAUAGUUAUGUCCAUAAGGCAUUUUGGUACAUAUCAAAAUUAAUAGGUUUUACUCAUACUAGCCUUGGACUCUGCAUAUAGUACAUACCAAUUUCUUUUCAAUGUUAUGUGUGGUGGCAACUUUUAUUCUUGAAGUCAAUAACAUUGUUAUUUAAAUGCAUGAAGGAUAGAUAGCCUACACAGAACUAAUCUAUUUUUCCAUAUGCUUGGUACUCUGUUUGCAAAACAUAAGCAGUCAGAACAGUGCAAUCAAAUAUGUCUCUCUCUGCUGUACUCUGGGUUAGCUAUGACAUGACUGUAAGGGAAGAGAGUUUAGCUUUCUAAGACUAGUGAAUAUGCUACUUUUCAAUAAGCAGGAACUUCUAGUGUUCCAAAAAGAAAUUACUUUGACUGGCCUGCAACCACUAACUUUUAACUUUGAUUUUCACAAA